AAAGAGCGAACCUCUCUUCAGCCAAUCGGAGCUCAGUGCCACUUCCGCACGUGUAUUGGCAGUUGCGUUCUGUGGGCACUGACAAAGUAAAGGAAACAGGAGCAGAGAUAGAACAGACAAGGAGGGACUGAGCGGGAACUGGCUAACAGCCGCAACCAACGUGCGCACGCAUCACUGCUCACAAAUACAGCCGUCAGCUUUGCUGGAGUUGCUUGUGUAAGACGUGAAAUUGUUCAACUUAUUCAAGAGACGUUAACGUACCUUGUCAAAGUCAUCUUUUUUAUUUUAUUGUUUUUGUGAAUCCAGUUCUGUUCUGGCAAGAAGAUGAAUUCAUUGGGCAGUUCUUCCAAAUGGUCAUCUUACGACUCGCUACCCUCCACCUCCAGCUUUCUCCUGAGUGAGAAUGAGCAGACUGGGGAUGAAGCAGACGUCUUCUCAGAAGGAGAGGGGGACAAUGGAAGAAGAAAGUCUCUUUUAGAUGAUGAAGGAAUCAACCUUUCUGGAAAUUAUCUUCAUUUCCUUGGUCAGUCACAUCAGCUUCAUUCAAGGUCUAAGAGUGAUCAGUCUGAACAGUGCUCUGAUGAAACUAAGCAUCCCAACAUAACCUCUUGUCCUGGAGCUGCUGCAUUAGACUCAUCAUCAGCAACACCAGGGGACCUGGCCUUCGCUCGGAAAUGUGCUGAUUUGCAAAGGUUUAUUGAUCCUUUGCAUGAGCUCCUACAUGGACUAAAGAUGGGGCGAUUUGACAAAGGUUUAACCAGUUUCCAGCAGAGUGUUGCCAUAGACAGAUUGCAGAGGAUUCUUGGAAUUCUACAGAAGCCUGAAUUGGGUGAGAAAUACCUCCAAAAUCUAUUGCAGAUAGAGGUGAUGCUCAAAAUGUGGUUCCCACAGGUGGCAUUACAGUCCACAGAUACGCGACACCAGACCAAUGCUACCAGACUUGCAUCACAACGGCCCCCAAAUCCACUCCACAUGCCAGUUAAGAAGAGAAAGCUGAGCUGGUCAGACAGCGACCUCACUGGCAAAGUCCCAGCCAAGCGUGAGCAUCAUGAACACAGAAAACAUUGUAGGUGCAAGGCUUCAACUUCACUUGACACUGCCUCCACCUGUCUCCCUGGAUCACCUAAAAAACCGAAAACUCCAGAGGAAGAAACAAUAGAACCAGCUGGGGCCAGCACUGGCACUGAGUUUACAGACAGCACUGGCACUUUAAGCAUACCAUCAUAUUUAUGUAGCAAGAGAGAAAAUGACAAUUGGAAGAAGCUUGAGGUUACCCUGCCCUUCCCUUGUGGCAGCCCAGCUAUACAGGACAGCUCAGUGUCCUCAAGUGACAUAAUUUCUACAGCUGACUGACCUUAGCUGACCUCGCUACCAGAUGGAGGUACCACAGCAUGCCAGUCAGACUGAAGGCAGAGGGCAGACCUUAUUACACAAGUAUAUAGCUUGGGGCAGAACCAGGCUAUGGGGACUGUAAGGUACAUCUAGUAAAACCAGUGGAGACGGGUGCAGAGGGUGCUUCUCAUUACCUUGUUUCAUGACUCGUCAGUCCUCUGGUGACCUGUAAAUUAUUCCAGUUUGUUUGAUUCACAAUUUAGUUAAAAUAAUUGGAUCAGUUUUGAUUAAUAAGGAGUCAUACUUUUAUAAUUGAUCAGAAAGAUUUUUCUUUAAAUUUUUUGCCACUACUGUAGUGGCAGUAAUUAUUAAUAUCUGGACAAUAGCAGUGCAUGAUCUGUGCUCCAAGGCAAAUAAACCUUUUUAAUGCCUGCAGACUGACACGUGAUCCAGCUUCCCUGUCAACAUCAGAAACGCGCAUCACCUCAGAUGAUGCUUUGGAGUAAAGGGCACCUCUUUUCUCUGAAAAUGUUUUCUUAAUUUCUCUUUCCUCGCAUCAUUUCUUUGCUUCUCUCCUUGGCAUGGGAGGGAAAUGAGGAAACACCCAAGACAAAUGAGAACCACCCAGAGAGACACUCAUUAACCCUUAACUAUCCAAUGUGGUUUUUGAUUAUUGCACUAUAUUAUAAGGAAUGUUUUCUUUUGUUAUACAUUCACUUUCAUUAAGUUAAAACAUGUUGCAAAUACUUUACACAUGUAAUGCAUUAAAGCAGUAUGUGCUCUCUUUUGUAUUUUUCAUAUUAUAAAAUGUAACGGUUAUAGGAUUUCAUGCCGUUGGUGAAAAAUAGAAAUAGCAGAUAUCACACUUGUGAAAAUGAAUACAUAUGGUUCACAAUUGAAAUAACAGGGAGGUUAGAAUUGUUAUUUGCCAGCUUUAUUUAUUGUAAUGUAUGGUAGAGCAAAGGCAAGGCCAAAGUGUUUCGAACAAAGCCAUUUAGCAUUGUCAUAUCUUAAGCACCUUACUCAUGCCUCCUACUUGUUACUUAUUAACUGAGCACAAAAGAGGUUGUAAAUAAGAGUAGAUGUAGCUGCACGUACGGUAAAACACAUGAAAUAUCACAUCCUGACAAUGAGUGAUGAUAAAUUAUAGACUUGGGUGUUAUUCUGUCAGUUACUUUUAUGCGGCCAGUGAGUGAACUUGUUUUGGGUAGAAACAAUUGAAAAUGUAAUAUUUUAUUUCUCACAUGAUAUAUGAGUAACUUUUUAUAGAAUCUUAAAUAGGUAUAUAUUUGACACUGUGUAAAUUAGCAGUAAUGCAUCUGCACUUUGGAUGGCAAUAAGGACAUUUCUACGCUUAUGUUAAUAUCAACAGUUGUGAUAUUAUUUAUAAAAUUUUGUUUAAGAGGCUCAGUACUUGAAAAUCUUGAUUACAUUUGUAGACAUGUGUUAGACCUGAGAUAAGAGCUUUACGGGCACUUGAGUGAGAGAUUUCAUAGGCAAAAUUGUCAUUGUCAACACCUUAGUGUUCCCACAAAAUGCUCCAAAUUUUAUGAGGACUAAAAGGUCUGUAUCACUGACUUGCUGUUUGAAAAUUUGUAUCACUCAAAGUGCUUUACUAUUAAUUAUGUGACAGAGUAAUAUUGUUGUGGUAUGAUUAACAAAACUAUUCUAAAAAUGUGAAUGUUGAAUGGAAUUUCAUCUCCAGUGUGUUGAUAUACAUAAAGGUAACUACAAAAUUGCCUGAAAUUACUUCAACAAUCAAGCAAAGUGUAUUUAACUAAUGAUGGUAAAAUAGUCUUCUUACCACAUAUGUCAUUGCAAACCAAAAGUGCUGCUGUUUAGAUGUGCCUUAGGAUUUGCCAUUAGUAAUUUUUAUUGGUUUGGGAUUAGGUUAUUUGAAAUGCAAAUUGUAAACUUGUGCUAGAGAACAAUAGUAUAGAGUAGUGUUGAUUUGGUUUAGAAAUGGUAGCAUCCUAUAGUGCAGGUUUUGCUGUGCUGGUUUACUUGUAUGUAAAAAAAUCAGUGAAAUAGGAAAAUACUAAAAGUAGACUAACAUCUUUUUCUCAUUUGUAUGUCUUUAAUUUUUUGUUUCCCUUGUUUUAGACAAUUUCUUUGUCAUUAUUAGUGAUUGAUUGCUAAAUGCACAUAUCUUUAUAUAUUAAAUGAAUGAUUGGGGGGGUCAUCAAAAUGCAGUUUGUUUGCUGGUUUUUAGAAUACACUGGCAGUCUAGGCUGUUUGAAAUAGGUCAGAUUAAUAACAUUUUCCUGUUUUAAUGUUUAAAGUUUUGACUUUCUUCAAUUUGGAGAUGUGUCUAUCAUCCACAGAACCUGAUGGAUAAAAAUGUUUAACUGUCCAAAUACUCUUGGUUGCAACUAUAUCUGUACUGUAGGCUAUGUUUUGAAGAA